AGACUUCAACCAGCAAAACCAUCUCGCAGUCCCACAGUCAGGUCAUCGAUGAGCCCAUAGCAACCCCUGCGAAAUAUCGACCUGCCUUCAUAAGUACACAUUCAGUCACGAGCGAAUCAUGGCUACCUCUGCUGCUGCGAUCCUACUUCGCCGACAGUUGAAACAAAUGCAGUCGGACAAGGACAUUCCUGGAAUCAGCUGUGGCUUGGUGGACGAUGAUAUCUUUGAGUGGGAAGUUGUCCUCAUGCUGAACGACGACUGCAAAUACUAUGGCGGCGGAUUCUUCAAAGCACGGCUAUCAUUCCCUGGAGAGUACCCUCUCAUGCCGCCGAAGAUGAAGUUCGAAACUCCCAUUUUCCACCCUAACGUCUAUCCGAACGGCGAUGUUUGCAUAUCCAUCCUUCAUCCACCCGAGGAAGACAAGUACGGAUAUGAGUCCGCCGCAGAACGAUGGUCACCCGUUCAGUCUCCCGAAACAAUCCUAAUUUCAGUCAUCAGCGUGCUGAGCAGUCCCAACGAUGAGAGUGCAGCCAACGUUGAUGCAGCAAAGAUGUGGAGGGAUGAUCCGAAAGGAUUUAGACGGAAGUGUCAGAGGAUGGUUCGCGAGAGUCUCGGCGAAGAAUGACAAGAUACUCCUGUGGCACCAGGCGUUUGAAAACGAUGGCAGGCUUCGGGUCUGUGGUGGCGGAAAUAAUGAUACUCAACGGCAUUGCAGCGUUCGGUUCAUGGGAAGGACACGCAUCUCUAUGUCGAAUUCAGGGCUGAAGCAUGGCGUUGGUGGUAUCUACGACAGUUGCGAAGCGGGAUGUACUGCACCACAGGGUCGGGACAACUA